ACUUAUUCAACAGAAGAAGAAAAUUAACGAACACGGAAGUCCUACAGAAAUUUACCUUUGCUGCAACUAUGAUAUACUAACCAGGUGGAUCGUUUUUAUGUGUUUACUUUUGUCUUUCGUCGGAAAGUUAAAAUUUAAUGAAUGGAAGCGUCUCGACUGUUGCUGCGGGAAGCCGGAAGUGAUAAUGUGGUCUAAACAGCGGACGGACGGAGUUUGAGGGUUGCUGUUUUGACAGCUGAGAGGAGUCCUCGUCUGUCUCUCUUUGUCCGGUCUCUGUGAAGCGACCAGAAGAACAACUUACACCGAGGAAUUUCCCUAAAGCAGAGACGUCCCUGUGAAGUUUUUUCGGAGCGAUCUUGAUCCAAGAAAAUCGAGCCAUGGCCUCAUCCCGGUUGAAGUACCUGUCCCUGGGCGUGCUGGUGUUCCAGACCACCUCCCUGGUGCUCACCAUGCGGUACUCCCGAACCCUGCAGGCCGAUGGCCCGCGCUACCUGGCGUCUUCAGCCGUGGUGGUGGCCGAAGUCAUGAAGAUCAUCGCCUGUGUUCUGCUCGUCUUCAAGGAGCACAACUACAGUAUGCGAGCUCUGAACAGCGUCCUGCGACAGGAAAUCCUCCACAAACCCAUAGACACGCUGAAGCUGGCCAUCCCCUCGGGGAUCUACACGCUGCAGAACAACCUGCUGUACGUCGCUCUCUCCAACCUGGAUGCAGCCACCUACCAGGUGACCUACCAGUUGAAGAUCCUGACCACGGCUCUGUUCUCGGUUUCCAUGCUGGGCCGCAGACUGGGCGUUUACCAGUGGCUCUCCUUGUUGAUCCUAAUGGCCGGAGUGACCCUUGUUCAGUGGCCCUCUGAGUCUGCUGCCACCUCUGAGAAGGAGGCCCACUCUUCAGGCUCCCAGUUUGUCGGGGUCGCCGCGGUUCUGGUCGCCUGCUGCUCCAGCGGGUUUGCAGGAGUUUACUUUGAGAAGAUCCUGAAGGAGAGCAAACAGAGCGUCUGGGUCCGGAACAUCCAGCUUGGGCUGUUCGGUCUGGUGUUCGGCCUCUUCGGGAUGCUGGCCUACAACGGAGAGCGAGUGAGGGAGUCGGGGAUGUUUCAAGGGUACAACGGCGUAACCUGGACCGUCGUCGCCCUGCAGGCGCUGGGUGGUCUGGUCAUAGCAGCGGUCAUCAAGUAUGCAGACAACAUCCUGAAGGGCUUCGCUACGUCGCUGUCCAUCAUCCUGUCCACUCUUAUUUCCUACUUCUGGCUGCAGGACUUUGAUCCUACGAGCGUGUUUUUCCUCGGUGCCAUAUUGGUCAUCGUGGCCACUUUCCUGUACGGCUACGAAGGCAAGCAGCCGCCCAACCCCAGCAGGGCAUAGCCUAAAACUGCAGCAGCAGCGGGGGGUCACGCCAAAGCCUUAAGAUGCAAAGGAAGAAGGGCAGGGAGACUGUAAGGAAGGCGAAAUGCCUCCAUCACUUAAUGGGAUGAGAUGAAAGAGGAGCAGAGGGGAAGCACAACACGGCGGUGGAUCCCACACCGAAGUGCCUGGGUUGAGACGGAGAAGCAGUUUGAAAAGAAAACACGUUCGCGUUUGAUAUCCUCUCGUUAUUGUUGCCGAGGUAAUUCUGUCUGCCACGCCUGAAGAGCAGGAGCGGUUCUGUUCACAAGAACCAGUUUGACUGCCACACCAGUUGCACUUUGACUCCACGGUGGUUAUUGCUCCUGUUUUUGACCUCUGGUGGCACAUUUUAGGGUUUAGGCUCGUCUCUUGUUAUUUAUUCCAAAGUUGACCGCUAAUUUGAACUCCACAAGCUUUGACAACUUAAAAUAGGAAGUGUGUCUCUGCCUGGGAGACAAAAUCCGGAGCAAACCUUAACCCUUUGGUGGUUUCUGACCAGAGCUUGUGCUGUUUUCUAAAUCUGGGAUUUAUGGUGGGACAAAACAUUGUUCCACUCCAGUCAGAACAACAAACUCCGAUAUCUGACUGCAAUUUGGGAAGAAAUGUUUAUCUGCUUUGGUGAAACUGAUGAAGAAACAACCAGUUUUGUUUUUAUUUUUAUUAUUUAUUUAAAGGAAAUCUAUACCUAAAUAUAGCCACCAUUUAAAAUCCAGAUGAAUAUCUGACCUUCCUACUGUAGUAAUUAGGCUGACGGCGACAUCCUGUUUUUUCUGUUGACUUUGUGGCAAAACAAUCAGACCUGCAGGUGGUGAGCUUGUGUAUGUACGUUUUUAUGUUGAAAUUGUUUAGAAAUCUACUUUUGGUAUAAAGCGGGUACAAUUUUUGCUUUUAUUUUGAAGUUUAACUUGUGAAUCUUUUCUAAGAGAAACUAUGUUUAACUUAGAAGGAAUGAAUGUGUGGCUACUCUGUUGUUUUCUGUCAUAAAUGACACGCAUUAACUUUAAUUUUCAGAAUGGAAUGUAUUAUUGUAGGAACAAACAUUAAAAGACGUUUAGUUGGA